AAUCACCAUCCAAGCAAAGAGAGACCUCACCUCCCAAAUCCCCAUAGAAAAGAAAAUAAAAAAGCUCUCAACUAUUCAUAUUCAUCCACUCUCUCAAAGCCAAAAGACCAAAAUUCCUCUUCCUCUUUAUCUCUAAAUCCUUUGAGAAAUAUCUCAUACCACUCUCUAGGAUAAACAGAGAGCCUUUUUGAUCAAAAAGCCCACUUCUUUGCUUCUAAUUUGAUCCAAGUUUUGCUGUGUUUGUCUAAGAAAAACGUCAAAUUCUCUUCAAUUGUUGACGGAUGCAGAUGGGUUUUCAGGAAUCGUGGGUUGCUCUGAUAUGUAAUAUUCAUUUCCUAGUUGUUGGGUCUCGAUCUAUAACGAUGAUAAUGCAGAAUUGAAAAAGUUUGGUUAAGCAUGUGUUUGUGUUCUGUUUUUGCUAGAUUCUUCCUCUCUUGGCUUAUUUUGGUUGUUGAUCAAGUUUUCUCAAUGGUUUUGGAUUUUUCUAAUGAUUUUGUGAUCUAGGUGUGCCAAAAAUUUUGAUCUUUCUGGCUAAUUCUUGGCAAAAAAGUUUGCUUGUAACUGCAACCCCUGUUAUUGGUAUUAAAAAAUGGAGGUUGAUUUUGAUUCUUUGGUCCAUUUUGAUCGGGUUAAUCUGACCCGUGUCAGUUAUAAUGAGUUUACGUGGAUGAAAUUUUCUCCGUUGAUGUCAAAAUUCUUUCCUUUUUUUGGUUGUCUUUUGACGGUGGGAAUAUCCAUUCAUGGAGGACUAGUAUUCCUCUUCUCAAAGUUUCCAUCUUUUAGUGUACCUCAAGUUUGUUUUACUGUUUUAAGGUUUUGGGUUUCUUUGUUAACCCCUAUUCAUUUGGAAAGUCUGAAAAAUUUGCGGUUUUGGCUUUGGUUGAACUAUGAUCAAAAUGGUCGGGGUUGUGAAUUUCUCUGGUUUCGAAUUUUGCGGAUGUUUGGUCUUUUGUUGUAAACGAUUUUGAAUCCUCAAGUCCAGUACAUACCUUCUGUUCUGUUUCUUUGACACCAUUUCUUAUGACAUGUUGAUUGGACAUAACUUGUUGCAAUAUUUGUUCUUGUAGUUGCUGUCAUAUAAAGAGUUUUUUUAUAGGUAUGUUUUUUUUAUUUGUAGGUUUGAGACUUGAAGUUUGUUGAUCAAUAAACAUAUUUGUCAAGGUAGAUACCCCUGCAUAGAUUCUCCGUGCAUAAAAUUAGCAAGAAUUUCUUCAAGUUUUAAAACUUCAGAUGCUAAUGCUGGAUAAUUGAGAGGAGUAAUGUGGUAAUUGUUGUACCAAUAUUUCAUAAUUUUCAGCAAUUUAGAACUUCUCGUUUGCAAAGCUUGGCCACUGCGAAUUUUGGCAGUGCCAAUGGAUGCCACAGCGAGCGGAACCCCAACUAUACAAUACCAUAACAUUCCUGACCAGCCAAUUACCACUAUUGUUGUUGCCACUCCUGUACCAACAUUUGAAAGGCGGCAACGCCAUUGCUUUGGGACCUCCAUCCCCGGAGAAUUCCCUUUAGCUGCCAACCCCUCCAUUGUCCUUCAUGUCCUUACUGCGUGCAAUUUGGAUCCUCAAGACCUUGCAAAGCUAGAGGCAAGUGACCUGUUGCUCUCAAGUUUGGUAAUGCAGCCUGCAAACUUUGCUCCUGACUUUGAAUUGUCCAUAUCAGAGCUUGCUGCUCUGGACAUGUGCCAAAAGAGAGGUAUAUUUAAGCCAAUGACAGCUGAGCAACGUCAAGAAUUGAAGCAAAGAUGUGGGGGUUCAUGGAAACUGGUCCUGAAGUUCUUGUUGGCUGGAGAGGCAUGUUUCAGAAGGGAGAAAUCACAGGCAAUAGCAGGGCCGGGUCACAGCAUUGCUGUAACUUCAAAAGGAACUGUCUAUUCAUUUGGCUCUAACAGCUCAGGACAGCUUGGACAUGGCACCACUGAAGAGGAAUGGCGGCCUCGGCAAAUCAGAUCUUUGCAAGGCAUUCGAAUUGUUCAAGCAGCUGCUGGGGCUGGCAGGACAAUGCUGAUCAGUGAUGCUGGGAAAGUUUAUGCCUUUGGAAAGGACUCUUUUGGUGAAACUGAGUACGGGGUUCAAGGAUCAAAGCUGGUCACUACUCCACAGUUGGUUGAAUCUUUAAAAGAUAUAUUUGUGGUGCAAGCUGCAAUUGGAAAUUUCUUCACAGCCGUGUUGUCAAGAGAGGGAAGGGUAUAUACAUUUUCUUGGGGCAACGAUAGCAAACUUGGUCACCAAACUGAGCCAAAUGAUGUUGAGCCCCAUCCUUUGUUGGGCGCACUUGAGAAUGUACCCGUGGUACAAAUUGCAGCGGGAUACUGCUACCUUCUUGCUCUGGCUUGUCAACCUAAUGGCAUGUCUGUUUACUCUGUUGGCUGUGGCUUGGGUGGGAAGCUUGGACACGGUUCAAGAACUGAUGAGAAGCAACCCCGACUUAUUGAGCAGUUUCAGCUUUUGAACCUUCAGCCUAUGGUUGUUGCUGCUGGUGCUUGGCACGCUGCUGUGGUGGGCCAGGAUGGACGGGUCUGCACAUGGGGCUGGGGCCGUUAUGGGUGCUUGGGUCAUGGGAAUGAGGAGUGUGAAUCAGUUCCUAAGGUUGUGGAAGCAUUGAGCAAUGUGAAAGCAGUGCAUGUUGCUACAGGGGAUUACACAACCUUUGUGGUUUCCAAUGAUGGUGAUGUGUACUCAUUUGGUUGCGGAGAAUCAGCUAGUCUAGGACAUAGUACUGCUACCGACGGACAGGGAAAUAGGCAUGCAAAUGUGUUGGCACCAGAGCUUGUGACAUCGCUGAAGCAAGUGAAUGAGCGGGUUGUACAGAUCAGCCUCACCAACUCCAUAUACUGGAACGCUCACACUUUUGCACUCACUGAAUCAGGGAAGCUAUACGCAUUUGGAGCUGGGGACAAAGGGCAGCUUGGCAUUGAGCUUGUUGCCAACCAGACUGAAAGGGGAAAUCCAGAGCAGGUUGAUAUUGAUCUCAGAUAGAGUUCAUCACAGUAUCAAAUCAAUAGCUUUCCUUGCCACACCACCACCAAGCUUCUUUUAUCCUCUAAUUUAUCAUCAUCAUAACGCAUUGCAUUUGAUGUUUACAUUUCCAUGUCUAUUUUGUACAUAGAAACAAAGAAUUGUGAAGUUUGAAGCUGUAGGGGGGUACAUAGGGGCCUAAGACAAAUGCUAAAUGGUUGUUGAUAUCUGAAAAUGUUGGCUUUGCACUUAGGCUUCAAGUAGUUGAAUAGCUGAUACAUUUGUCAAGGUUCAUUCAUCUCAUAACUUGUUUAUCUCAAUUAAAUUGAUAAUUUAUCUGCUUGGGUUAAAAAUGGGGAAAACUGUAAUUCAAUUCAUGCAUCAUUUUCCCUCUCCUUUUAAGAUCAAUGUUGGCUUAAAUUUAUCCUUUGAUCAACCCAAGUCAAAAUAUUGCAAUGCUUGCUUGGCCAGUGGAAUUGUUAGUUGUGGGGGCCACUGUCCACUUGGGUCACAGAAGUAUGCCCCAGCUCUGAACUGGGGGGCAGACAGCUUUUGUGUGGAAUGAAACAUGAGGAUGGAGUUCAUGAAAAUUGACUGUCAACUUAGAUCUUCUGCCACUCAUUCUGAGUUGAGUUUUGCAUCGACUAUUAUUGGAUCAGAUGGCUGGGAAUGUUAGGCCCAAAACCCACAGAGCAAAAGAAUUGGAGGCCCAGUCUUCUACCCAAGUCCAAAUUUCUGGUUCACAGGCUUUAGGCACCAUGUACAUAUCGGGCUUGUUUGGUUUGAACUUAUUGGGAAUAAAUUUCUCAUGUCUAAUCUCACAAGAUAGGAUAGAGGAUGUUCAUUCUCAUGUUUAGGAACGGUGGGAAAUGAGGACUAGAAAAUGUCAUUGUCUUUCA